AUGAGCGAAAAACUGAAAGCCCGAAUCACAAAAUGGUCGAGCAGAACACUCUCUCUCGUCGGCCUGGCUACAGUCGGUUACUUAGGCGUCAGCGCAGUAGUUGGACGUGGCAGCAAUCUCGUGGAAGAUGACGAAGCUACUUUCGCCAAGAGAUCUUCCGCAUUUCAAGUCGAUCCAUUGGAUAUGCCAUAUGAAAUCAAAUUCGAGCCAUCUUAUUUGAUCGAAAACUCGAACAAAAUGGAAAAGAUGUUUUUCCACCAGCAGAAAGAAGACAAGGAGUACAUCAAGUACCAAUAUCCAGAAGAUCGAUUUGCCCCAAUCGAGGAGCUCGGCGUUGUCUACCUGAACGGUAUCAAAUUCUACCACCAGGGAGAGUCGAUGCUCCCCGAAUCCGACGAAGAGAAAGCUCUCAAGCUCACUCGAUCCUCCGAAGAUCGAGGCGAGUUCUGCAUGGACUGGAAGUUAGCUAAAGAACACCGAGCUGCACAGAAAAAGAUUCGAGAUGCGGAGCGAAAGGCCAAGAACGAUGCAUGCCUUCAAGAUCCAAACUCCGAAGCUCCCCAAACUGAAGCUCAAAAGCAGGAAAGCACCACUCCCGCCCCUAGAUCUCGAACCGCCGGUGGUGGUGGAGGAAACGGUGGAAGCAGGCAAUCCACCGAGGCUGCUGAUACUGCGUCGGCGGAGGACGAAGACUCUGAGGACGCUGACGACGACUUCACAGCUGCGCUUGAAACCACUCCGAAUACACCUGCGUAUUCCCCCGCUGCUGCUGAAAUUCAAGCCCAAAAGAAGGUGCGAAUCGGAUGCUGCAACGGCAUGCCCUACACGAACAAUAAGCGAUGCUGCUGCCGACGAGCUGCCUUCGACAAAGACACCAAAUUCUGCUGUGCUAUCAACGGUUGCGAGAACUUCCGAAUCUUCGAGCGAACUGAGAAUAACUACAGCGCUUGCCAGUCUCUCCAGGGCUUAGUUGUCCAAGAAUACGGCUACACUGGCCAGUGGGCUCAUCUUGGAGAGCCAGACUUCACCAAGACUCAGCGACCUGAGCCCAGCGAGAUCCGACACCCUUACCGAGCUCGAUACCCAUACGGCAAGCCAGAAGACCAAACCAGCGACGCUGCCCCACCAAGCCGGCCAACUAGACCAACCCGACCCGUCCGUGGCUAA